CAGUGCGCCCAGGGGCUCCUGGCCGCCGCGCAGGCGCAGUGGCAGUUUCCUGGAUCCCUUGUCAGUGCCGGGCCCUGCCGGCCGCUCCCUCUCCGGCCUCGCGUGGACUGACCAGAGUCCGCGGGCCGCCCUCCCCUCCCCUCUCCCUCACCAGAAUUGUUUUGAUGACCCUCCCAAACACUACUGUCACUCGAUACAAGUGAAGACAGCUUGAACAUAAGCUCAUCAGGAGGAUUUAUUCCCUGGAGGGACACUGUCAGUUGGGAAGAGUGGAUCAAAAUUCUCUUCCACCUUUGGGGAACAAGAGAAUAUGUUAGCCUUUUCACUUUUAAAACAUCAGGAUAUCCGUUAUUCAGAAUGUCCCUACAUCAAUUUUUACUAGAACCAAUAACCUGCCAUGCCUGGAACCGAGAUCGUACUCAGAUUGCCAUUAGCCCUAAUAACCAUGAAGUUCACAUCUAUAAGAAGAGUGGAAAUCAGUGGGUGAAGGCUCACGAGCUGAAGGAACACAAUGGACACAUUACAGGUAUUGACUGGGCGCCCAAGAGUGAUCGCAUUGUAACUUGCGGUGCAGACCGUAAUGCCUAUGUCUGGAGUCAAAAAGAUGGUGUGUGGAAGCCAACCCUGGUGAUUCUGAGAAUUAAUCGCGCGGCCACCUUUGUGAAGUGGUCUCCUCUGGAGAAUAAAUUUGCUGUAGGAAGUGGAGCUCGUCUUAUAUCAGUGUGCUACUUUGAAUCUGAGAAUGACUGGUGGGUGAGCAAACAUAUUAAAAAGCCUAUUCGCUCCACUGUACUUAGUCUGGACUGGCACCCCAAUAAUGUCUUGCUAGCUGCUGGAUCCUGUGACUUCAAAUGCAGAGUGUUUUCUGCUUACAUUAAGGAAGUGGAUGAAAAGCCAGCCAGCACACCAUGGGGCUCCAAGAUGCCCUUUGGUCAGCUAAUGUCAGAGUUUGGUGGUGCUGGAAGUGGUGGAUGGGUGCACAGUGUCAGCUUUUCUGCCAGUGGUAACCGCCUCGCCUGGGUCAGCCAUGAUAGUACCGUGUCAGUUGCUGAUGCAUCAAAAAACAUGAUGGUUUCACAGCUGAAAACAGAGUUCCUCCCACUCCUGAGCGUAUCAUUUGUCUCUGAGAACAGCGUGGUGGCAGCUGGUCACGAUUGCUGCCCUAUGCUCUUUAACUGUGAUGAACGUGGUUCCCUGACCUUCAUUUCCAAACUAGACAUUCCAAAACAGAGCAUCCAACGCAAUAUUUCUGCUAUGGAACGUUUCCGAAACAUGGACAAGAGAGCCACUACAGAGGAUCGCAACACUACUUUGGAGACGCUGCACCAAAACAGCAUUACCCAAGUGUCUAUUUAUGAGGUAGACAAACGAGAUUGUCGCAAGUUCUGCACCACUGGCAUUGAUGGAGCAAUGACCAUCUGGGACUUCAAGACCUUAGAGUCCUCUAUCCAAGGUCUACGAAUCAUGUAAAGACGAAUCUCCGUUAUCUAGCAUGACAGACUGCUUGACAGAAUGCAGCUCCAGCAUCUGCAAAGACCUGACAAGGGAUGAGGAAGGUGGAUCAUUUGGAAGCUCUGAGAAAAUAUGGCUUGGCAGAUUUCCUUUGAAAUAUAAAUUUGGUGACGUGUUGGUUUCAAAAUCAGCUGUGAUUGUCUUUUUUUUUUUUUUUUUUUUUGGUUGUUUCAUUCCAUACUUUACCAAAGCUGCUCCUUAAGUAGUUUAUUGCAGGAAGUUAUGAAUCACUAACUUAAAAGGGGAAUUUUAUGUAAAUUGUCUGCUAGAAAUUAAAAAGAAAAUACAGAA